GCAGCCGCCGGACGGGUGAGACGCAACUAGACAGCCAAACAACACGUUUAGCACCUCGGGGGAAAAAAUAAUUAUAAUAAUGAUACAAAGCUAGAACUGCUCCGAACAGUCACGACAAGCCUUCCAAAUACACUGCUUUAGAAAGAAGGAGGAAUAAGCCUCGUUUUUUUUUUUUUUUUUUUUAAACGAACAGCAAUUAAUGCUUUAGUUUGUCAUUACGUCGUGAAAGUGAAAACAAGCUAGCUCGAGGAAGGCGACUCUUACGAGUUCUCCUCAAGUCGUUUGCCACUUUAAACCACUAUUUACAACAGUCUUCCGCUUGUUUCUUGGUUUUUUGGUGUUUUUUUUUUUUUUUUUUGUAAAGAGAGAACUUGUAGUAUUCGAGAAGGUGGUGGUGGUGGAGGGAGGCGUGAGGAGGAGGAGGCACAAAGAAGAGAGGAGCGCAUCCACAGAAGACGACGGGACACAGGGAGAGGAAGACAACGACACGAGCAUCACUCUUUUUUUGUAUGUGACGAUCUUCACCUGCAAGAGGCAUCCCCACGGUGGCUUUCUCCACCUAAAAGAUCCACCCAGGGUUGGCUGCUCGUCUACUUCGGGGAUACCUACCUCUGAAUUGUUUGGUCCUUGGCCCCCACCCUACCCCACCCCCCUCCCAAAACGCCCUUCUUCUGGCAGUAACUGAACCCCCCCCGGUCCGUCCCGAUGAAGGAGGCCGACGCCAUCAAGCUGUUUGUCGGGCAGAUUCCCCGGAAUCUGGAGGAGAAGGACCUCAAGCCCAUCUUUGAGCAGUUUGGCAAAAUCUACGAGCUCACUGUGAUAAAGGACAAAUACACCGGCAUGCACAAAGGAUGUGCGUUUCUGACGUACUGUGCGAGGGAGUCUGCAUUGAAAGCCCAGAGCGCCCUUCAUGAGCAGAAAACACUACCAGGGAUGAAUCGGCCCAUCCAGGUGAAACCAGCAGACAGUGAGGGCAGAGGAGAGGACAGGAAGUUGUUUGUGGGCAUGCUGGGAAAGCAACAGAGUGACGAGGAUGUUCGAAGGCUUUUCGAGCCCUUUGGCAGCAUAGACGAGUGCACUGUGUUGAGAGGACCUGACGGGACCAGCAAAGGGUGUGCAUUUGUAAAAUUCCAGGGACACGCUGAAGCCCAGGCUGCAAUCAAUAGCCUGCACGGGAGUCGCACAAUGCCUGGUGCGUCGUCCAGUCUGGUGGUGAAGUUCGCCGACACAGAGAAGGAGCGGGGGCUCAGGAGAAUGCAGCAAGUGGCCUCCCAGCUGGGCAUCUUUAGCCCCAUGACCCUCAACUUCCCCGCCUACAACGCCUACACACAGGCGGUCAACGCUCAGCUUGUCCAACAGCAGGCCCUGGUCGCCCAGUCGGCGUACUUGUCCCCCGUGGCGACAGUUGCCGCCGUACAGAUGCAGCAGAUGGCGGCGCUCAAUGCCAACGGAAUCAUCGCCACGCCCAUUACGCCCAUUACGCCGUCCUCAGGGACAAACACUCCACCGACUAUCGCAGCUACCCCCGUGCCAGCGCUCCCUCCGCCAAUAGGAGUGAACGGUUACGGCAGCGUGCCUCAACCAACCAAUGGGCAACAAGGAACUGAAACAUUAUACACCAAUGGCGUCCACACAUAUCAAGCUCAGACUCCAGCAACCUUGGACCCACUACAGCAGGCCUAUGCCGGCAUGCAGCAUUACACAGCAGCGUAUCCUGCUGCCUACGGAUUGGUUGGCCAGCCGUUCCCCCAGCAGCCAACACUGGUUGCCCAGCAACACCAGCAGCCUCAGCAACAGCAGCAAAGAGAAGGGCCAGAGGGAUGCAACAUCUUCAUCUACCACCUGCCACAAGAGUUCAGUGAUUCCGAGAUGCUGCAGAUGUUCCUGCCCUUUGGCAAUGUCAUCUCGGCUAAGGUUUUUGUUGACCGCGCCACCAACCAGAGCAAAUGUUUUGGAUUUGUAAGUUUCGACAACCCGGCCAGCGCUCAGGCUGCCAUCCAGGCGAUGAAUGGCUUCCAGAUCGGCAUGAAGAGACUGAAAGUGCAGCUGAAGAGGCCCAAGGAUGCGAACCGCCCGUACUGAGUGACAGCAGAGAAGAGGGAGGAUGAAUACAUAAAGGUGACCUUUCCGAGCCGAGGUGGAAAUUCCAGAGCACUUUCUCGUCGCCUCUGUGCAUCCGCGGAGUGCAUUUAUGUACUUGCACUGACAAACACACACACACGCACACAACCUCCAACACUACACAAGACUGACUGACAAGUGUACAUAACACGAACACACACCAUGUAGAGCCGAGAGCGCCAUCUAGUCGCCGACAGGGUGUUUUAGUACAGUGCGAGCCUACUGUAUGUGGACGGUUUAUUCAAAAAAAAAAAAAGUGCUGAUAUGUCACUUCCAUAGACAUGUCUAUACAUCUCUAUUACUUGACAAAUAUAGAGGGACUGACUGGCGGUGUUUUAAUUUUAAUAAGAGAAGAAAAAAAGACAGAAAGAAAGAACACACAAGAAAAAAAUCAUAAAUCAUCAUAAAGAACUGUAAAUAGCUUAGUCGACAGAGAACAGCAUUUAAAAACUGGAAAAAAAAGGCAAAAAGAUCUUUAGAAACAGAAAAAUUACACAACAACAUUAUUAUUAUUAUGAUUAUUAUUAUUAUUUCCACUAGUAACAUUAUCAUCUUCAUAAAAAGGGAUUAUCGCAUUCCAAAUUGUACAAUGGGAAAUCACUAACCUAUUUUAAAUUUCUACGUAGAUUUUAGGUAAUAAAAAAAAAAAAAAAACACAGGAAGGGGGUGGGAGGGAGGGAGGAGGGGGUGGGAUUGCACUUUUAUUGAGGAGGUUUUAAUAUUUGAGCUAUUUUUUAUUUAUUUAUCUAAUUAUUUUGUUUAUCCGGGGAGGAAAGGGAUUUGAGUGGGUUGCAAUAUUUUCAUUUUAGAAUUUUUCUAGAGAAAAAAAAAACUAAAAGUUCUGAGGGCCUGUUUCUGUCAGCCUCUUGCAAUGGAGUAAUUAUAAUGUAUGUAUUAUUAAUGACGAUGAUGAUUAUAUUUAUUUCUAAUUUAUUGAACCCUGUUUUUGAUCCCCUCUCUUUUUAAGUUAAAAUAAAAAGUACCAUACUACAGAA